AUGCUGACAAAGCGGAUAAUUCCGUGCUUGGACAUCGACAAAGGCAGAGUCGUCAAGGGCGUUAGUUUCGUGAACAUACGAGACGCCGGCGAUCCCGCGGAUCUCGCGCGCUUCUACGAUAAGCAGGGAGCCGACGAGCUGGUCUUCCUUGACAUCACCGCAAGCUCAGACGACCGCGACAUCAUUGUUGACGUGGUGAAGCAGGUGUCGGAAGAGGUGUUCAUACCUCUGACGGUGGGCGGCGGGUUGCGCAACGUAGCGGAUGUGCGCCGCAUGCUGGAAGCUGGAGCGGACAAGGCGUCGCUCAACACGGCCGCCGUCAGCGAUCCCGCCCUCGUAGCGGAGGCAUCAGCAUUCUUCGGCGCGCAGUGCAUCGUGGUGGCUAUCGACGCAAAGCGUGUCACACCCGAAGACGAGAUAGGUGAAGUCAACUUUCAGGUUGCGAAGGGUCUAACAGAAGAAGUCGCCAACGACAUCGCGCUCGAUGAGCAUUCGGGCUGGCAGGUGUAUGUGCAUGGCGGGCGCACGCCAAUGGGCAUCGACGCCGUGAAGUGGGCUGGGAAGGUAGCUGAGCUUGGAGCCGGCGAACUGCUGGUCACCAGCAUGGACACUGACGGUCAGCAGACGGGCUACGACCUCGAACUGCUACGCGCCAUAUCCGAGAGCGUCACGAUACCGCUGAUCGCAAGCGGUGGCGCGGGCGAACCGCAUCAUCUCUAUGACGCGCUCGCCGAGGGCAAAGCCGAUGCGGUGCUUGCCGCGAGUAUUUUCCACUACGGCACAUACCCGAUUCCUGUGGUCAAGGAAUAUCUGUCUGGCAGAGAUAUACCUAUUCGACCCAGUAUCGUUGCGGAUUAA